CGCACUUAAAAGCGCCGCCCCCGCGCCGCCCGCGCAGGUUCUUCGUCUCCGCCCGCGGGGCCCGGAGCUAGAGCGGCGCGCAGAGGCCCGGGGCCCGGAGCCCGGAGCCGCCGCCGCCGCCGCCGCGAUGUUUCCCCGGGAGGCGACGUGGAACAUCUCGUUCGCGGGCUGCGGCUUCCUCGGCGUCUACCACGUCGGCGUGGCCUCCUGCCUCCGCGAGCACGCGCCCUUCCUGGUGGCCAACGCCGCGCACAUCUACGGCGCCUCGGCCGGGGCGCUCACGGCCACGGCGCUGGUCACCGGGGCCUGUCUGGGUGAGGCUGGUGCCAACAUCAUCGAGGUGUCUAAAGAGGCCCGGAAGCGGUUCCUGGGUCCCCUGCACCCCUCCUUCAACCUGGUGAAGACCAUCCGUGGCUGCCUGCUAAAGACCCUGCCUGCUGACAGCCACGAGCGUGCCAGUGGGCGCCUGGGCAUCUCCCUGACCCGCGUGUCGGAUGGCGAGAACGUCAUCAUAUCCCACUUCAACUCCAAGGACGAGCUCAUCCAGGCCAAUGUCUGCAGCACGUUCAUCCCUGUGUACUGCGGCCUCAUCCCUCCCUCCCUCCAGGGGGUGCGCUAUGUGGAUGGUGGCAUUUCAGACAACCUGCCGCUCUACGAGCUGAAGAACACCAUCACGGUGUCCCCCUUCUCGGGCGAGAGUGACAUCUGCCCACAGGACAGCUCUACCAACAUCCACGAGCUUCGGGUCACCAACACCAGCAUCCAGUUCAACCUGCGUAACCUCUACCGCCUCUCCAAGGCCCUCUUCCCGCCUGAGCCCAUGGUGCUGCGGGAGAUGUGCAAGCAGGGCUACCGGGACGGCCUGCGCUUCCUGCGGCGGAACGGCCUCCUGAACCGGCCCAACCCCUUGCUGGCGUUGCCCCCCACUCGCCCUGACGGCCCAGAGGACGAGGAGGAGGACGAGGCCGUGGAGAGCGCCCGAGCGGAGGAUCACUCGCAGCCGUCGGGGGAAGGUCACAUCCUGGAGCACCUGCCCGCUCGGCUUAAUGAGGCCCUGCUGGAGGCCUGUGUGGAGCCCAGGGACCUGAUGACCACCCUCUCCAACAUGCUGCCCGUGCGCCUGGCCACGGCCAUGAUGGUGCCCUACACGCUGCCGCUGGAGAGCGCCGUGUCCUUCACCAUCCGCCUGCUGGAGUGGCUGCCCGACGUUCCCGAGGACAUCCGGUGGAUGAAGGAGCAGACGGGCAGCAUCUGCCAGUACCUGGUGAUGCGCGCCAAGAGGAAGCUGGGCCGCCACCUGCCCUCCAGGCUGUCGGAGCAGGUGGAGCUGCGCCGCGCCCAGUCGCUGCCCUCCGUGCCGCUGUCCUGCGCCGCCUACAGCGACGCACUGCCCGGGUGGAUGCGCAACAACCUGUCGCUGGGGGACGCGCUGGCCAAGUGGGAGGAGUGCCAGCGCCAGCUGCUGCUCGGCCUCUUCUGCACCAACGUGGCCUUCCCGCCGGACGCUCUGCGCAUGCGCGCGCCCGCCGCCCCCGCGGACCCCGCCCCCUCGCUGAGCGCCCCGCCCCGCUGACCCCGCCCCCUCGCUGAGCGCCCCGCCCCGCUGACCCCGCCCCCUCGCCGAGCGCCCCGCUCCUGCAGCCCGGCCCGUGAGUCGGUGCCCUGGGGCUGCCCGAUACCCCGACCCCUGUCCAUGACCACUGCGGAGUGAGGAGGAGGGGGCCCUGCGGGGGAUCCCCGCCAGCCACUCACAGCUGCACUGAGUGGGGAGGUUUGCACCCCACCACCCCCCCCCCGGGGCCGCUGAGGCCCGCGCACCUGUGCCUUAGUCGUCCUUCCCCGUGCUGCCCGCGCCCCUCCCACCCUUACUCCGAGAACUCUGCAGCUGCUCUUCCCUCCACGUUUUUCGUGUCCUGCUGAAAAGCCUGUGUGAAGAAUUAUUUAUUUUCGCCAAAGCACAUGUAAUAAAUGCUGCAGCCCAGCCUCUGCCCA